AUGGCAUGGGCCUUGGAGACUACGUGCACAGAGGACGAUGUCCCUACAGUCAGCAGGUCCCAUGAUUCAAAUGUUGUAGCACAGAGUACCAUGAGAUUAGACGCUCCCGCUUUUCUCCCGACAUUCAGUGCACCACCAUCUAAACAGUACUUUUCACCAAAGCAGGCUCCUUCACCAAGAGAGUUCGUAGUAGGCGAUGAAAAUAAUUUAUGGGCAGUUCCAUCUUCUAUUGACGAGUUCAACAAAUGGGCUGAGAAAACACGAUUUCAGAUCGGGGAUUCUUUAGUUCUAAAGUAUGAUUCCAAGAGUGAUUCAAUGCUGGAAGUGACCGAGGAAGACUACAAAAUCUCGCAGGCACCUUCUCCUCAGCAUCACCAUCACCACUACCAUGCACCGGUGCUAGCCCCGACUAACGGUGGUACUGGUCUGAAGGCGACGGAGGGUUUUAUUUGUGGCACUACGAUGGUGGGAAGUUUGGUUUUGUUGUGUCGCGUCUCUGCUGCAGCAAGGAUGCAUCCCGAACUAGCCCUCCACAUCGCGCCCACAAACUACCUAGAAAUGCCUGAAAAUCAAGCUGUGUCCCCACCUAGCCAGGCCGUGUCCUGA